AAUAUUUCUGCAGUGGAUGUUCUAAACCAAGAUGAAGAAAACCCUGUUGUCAGCAUUACUUUCGCAUCUGAAACAGCUGAAGAUUUCGUAAAUACACGAAAAUCAGACACAUCAGUGACGGGUUCACAGAUAACUGAUGUCGGUUUCUAUGGUGACAUACGUGAUAUCAAAGAUGAAAGUUCUAUAAGUACUUCAUUUGCUGAAGAAUCAGUCUUUUCUCAAAGAGAACAGGAAGAAAUGACUUCUUCUAUAAUACCAGUGCUCAAUGAAAUGGAGACAGAAACGGAGGUAACAGCUUCAACUGCAUCAGGAAAUUCAAAAAAUCUAACACUAUCAUCUCUUAAGAAAAAAGUCACUUUGAAAUGGCAUUCAAAGCUUGAUGAUUUAUCUUCACCGCGCGAAUUAGCUGAUUAUAUUCGCGACCGAACCGAAGUUUUUUCCUUUAUUAUCAAUGAAAAUUUUUGUGAGACGUCGACGUUCUGUGAAAACUGUUAUGCAAUGCGAAUGGAUAUGGAAAUGUUAUCUGAAAAGUUUGAAAGACUAACACAUACGACGGGAAGAAAAGUAAAUGGAGAAAAAACUGAACUUUGUGUAGAUGAUUUGCAAAAUUCUUUGAAUGAAAAAGAAAGUGAGAUUUCACUGCUAGUAGCUUCUGUGCUAAAGUUAACUAAAGAAAAUGAGCAGCUGAUCGAGGAAAAUGAAUUCGCUAAAAAGGAUGCUGAAAAUCGCAAAUUAAUUUUUGAAGAAAGUUUGAACAAAAGUAAUGAAGAAAUUAUAAUGCUGAAACAAAAGCUGUUUAAUUCCGAAGUCUCAUUGGCGGCAUUAAAGGAAGAGAAGUCAAAGCCAUGCACCGAAGAUAUCUCACUUGUUAAAAAAUAUCAAACAACUGAGCAUAUGGAGCAAGAGCUUGAAAAAGCUCAUCGUAUGCUGGAAGAUAACGCUAUCAAAAUCAAAGAAUUGGAAAACGAACGACAAAAAGAUGCAGAAGAAAGAAAAGAGCUGCUCGCAAAGUUUGAGCAAGCUCUUAUCAAUUUGGAUGUCGCGAGAAGUUCACGAGUUGAAGCAAUCGAAAGGGGGCAUACUUCUGCUAUUUGUUCUCUAGAAGCUAAGAUUGCAGAACUAUCAAGUAAAAUUGAUGAAUCCAAUCAUAGAAGAGAAGAAGAGUUAUUGAAGCAGAAAUCGUUUUUGACGGAAACACUAAAUUCCUUAUUAGCACAAAUAAAGAAUGAUGUGAAAGAUAAAUAUAAUAGUGACUGGGACCUGGAGGACAUUGAAAGUUCUCUCACUUAUUUUGAGAAAGCAUUAGACAUUAUUUCUCAUGGUGCAUCACAGUUUGAAUUAUUAGUGCAGGUCGUUGCUGAGCGCAGAAUGGCAGCAGAAGGUCAUCUUAAACAGGUAGAUAUUCAGAGAUAUUUGUAA